UAAGAUAUUGCUUCAAUCGUACCCACAAUUUUGCUUAUCUCUACGAUGAAAACAUCUAUUCAUAUUGAGAUAUUACUCAAGCCAUGGGGUGUGCCGCAUAUCUCAAUUGCUGGUCGACAUCGCACAACGUGAGACAAUGAAUGUGAAUUAUUACGAAAUUACUGAUCCUGUAUAUAGAACCACUUGGAAAAAACGGAACCAACCAGGGUACGUUUUGGUAGAACCGACGCAAUAUUGGAAAAUUCCAAUCCGUGAACAAGGAUGGAAACCAACACCAUGCUGUCUGACUACGAGAUUCAAGGUAAUGGACAACGAAUUCAGAAAUAUGGAAAUACACAAAGAUGAUAUAUGGUUGGGGUCCUUCCCGAAAAGUGGCACUACGUGGAGCCAGGAAAUGGUUUGGCUGAUAUGCAACAAUCUCGAUUAUGAACAAGCGCGAAAAAACAAACUUAUUAUGCGUUUCCCAUUUGUUGAAAUCAACAGUAUCGCGAAUGUUCCCUCGGACUUCUUCAAGUUAGCUCGAGAAAUGCCGUCUCCGAGAUUCAUUAAAACUCAUUUACCAGUCUCUCUUCUACCGGAUCAAAUAUGGACCGUCAAACCAAAAAUUGUGUAUGUCUACAGAAAACCCAAAUCGGUGAUCGUAUCUUACUAUCAUCAUUGUGUGACUUUGGCUAACUACAACGGAACCUUGGAAGAAUUUACUCGUUCGUUUAUGCGAGACUUGCAAGUAUACACGCCUUAUCAUAAUCAUGUCAUAGAGUAUCACAAAAUUGACCACCUCGAUAACGUGCUACUGUUGAACUACGAAGACAUGAAAACGGAUCUGGUUGAAGUAAUAAGGCGGGUAUGCGUUUUCUUCAACAAAAGCUACACCGAUGAGCAGAUAACGGAAUUAUGUAACCACCUAUCAUUUGAAUCGAUGAAAAACAAUCCAUCGGUAAAUGCACAAGAAAUGGUUGAUAUGGUUUUGGCACAAACUAAUCGACUGCAAGAGAAGGACAAUAUGAAUAGACAAUUUAUCCGCAAAGGACAGAUUGAUGGUUGGAAAACUGAUUUGUCUCCAGAACUAGCUGAAGAAAUUGACGACUGGACAAGAAGCAACGUAAAAACCGCUACAUAUCAGAAGCUGUUCCUCUAGGUUAAUAUAUUGAAUUACAAUAACUUGGUAAUGGGCAUUUCAUUGAAUCAAAAUAGAUACACAACAUUUAAGCAUGGCUUUGAAGCCUUUUCUUUUUCAAAAGAAUACGUUUAUUCAGUCGACAACGAUUAGGGUGACGGUACCCCCAUUCAGUUCAGCUCCAGUCCUCAUAUCAUAUACGAAAACUAUUAGUUAGA